GGCGCGGCUCCGGCGGCUGCUCUCGCCAUGCGGGCGAGCUGAGGGGCUGAGCGGCGCGGCCGCCGCUGUCCCGGGGAAGGAUGGCCUCCAAUUUCAACGACAUCGUGAAGCAGGGCUAUGUCCGCAUCCGGAGCCGGCGGCUCGGGAUUUACCAGAGAUGCUGGUUAGUAUUCAAAAAAGCUUCAAGCAAAGGGCCAAAGAGGCUGGAGAAGUUCUCAGAUGAACGAGCUGCUUACUUCAGAUGCUACCACAAGGUCACGGAGCUCAACAAUGUGAAGAAUAUAUUAAGGAUGCCAAAAAGCACUAAGAAACACGCUGUGGGGAUUUAUUUCAGUGAUGACACCUCCAAAACCUUUGCUUGUGAGUCAGAACUUGAGGCAGAUGAGUGGUGCAAGGUGCUGCAGAUGGAGUGUCUUGGAACACGGAUUAAUGACAUUAGCCUUGGAGAGCCUGACUUGUUGGCAUCUGGAGUAGAGAGGGAGCAGAGUGAGAGAUUCAAUGUGUAUUUGAUGCCAUCCCCUAAUUUAGAUGUGCAUGGGGAAUGUACCUUGCAGAUAACAUUUGAGAAUAUCUGUCUUUGGGACAUCCAGAAUCCCAGAGUUAAACUCGUCUCUUGGCCAUUAAGUGCCCUCCGACGCUACGGGCGGGACCCCUCGUGGUUCACCUUUGAAGCAGGGAGGAUGUGUGACACAGGAGAAGGACUGUUCAUCUUUCAGACCAGGGAUGGGGAAGCAAUCUAUCAGAAGGUUCACUCAGCUGCUUUGGCCAUAGCAGAACAACACGAGCGUUUGCUGCAGAGUGUGAAAAAUUCCAUGCUGCUUGGGUUAGGACUCCCCUCGGGGGAAGCAGGGCUUGCCCAGGACCAGGGGAGCACCAAGCUGCAGCUGAAGCUGAGCGAGCGCGCCGUGUCCCUCAGUGCCAUGGUGCCCCUGCCUCGCAGCGCCUACUGGCACCACAUCACCCGGCAGCACAGCACGGGGCAGCUCUACGGCCUGCAAGAUGUUUCCAGCCCAGUGAAGCUUCAUCGCACGGACACUUUUCCAACCUACAGGUCAGACCAUCGAUAAAAGACUGUAAAGAACUUCACAAACUCUUGUCUCCUGACCAACUGCCCCAGUGGAUGACAGUGAUGAUGAUGAUGAUAAGGAUGGAAAUGUGGAGAAGUCCAGGCUGGAUGAGAGAUUUGCAAUACCAAGGAUUUUCUAAACUUUGACAAAAGCGGAAACUAUUACUGGGGAGAGGAACAAACCCAACAAACCCUCUGGUGUAUCUUUUAUAUCUUACAGUUGGACAGAGAAGAAACCACUCCCUAAAUACUUCCAAAUGAUUUUGUAUGAUAGGUAUGUUGUAAAUAUAUGAGACUCUCCUGUGGUAGUGUGGUCCCAUUUUUGUCUCUUACAGCUGUGUGUUCACUGCUGUGUCACCCUUGUUUGUGGCAAUGCUUAUCUUUAGUUAUUUACAUUAUUGUUAACCUAAUCCCUGCCCUUUGGAAUGGUGGCCAGUUUUAAGCAGCUCUCGGAUACAAUUUUUCCUGUUUGAAGCCUGAUGAAGGCUUGAUUGAUUUCUUUUAAAAGCACCCUCUCUAUCUUCUCUUUCCUGUAUUUAUUUCCAUCUCUGUAAACGUUUAAAAUAAAAAAGUCCCACUGAA